AUGGAUGUCGAAGCAGAGGAGCAGGACGUGCUUGUAGCCAACGAACAAUGUGAAGAAAGAAGUGACGACGGACGAGAAGGCGACGAUGAGGAGUUCACGCCUGGUGGUACCAAGGUGAAGACGCCCAAAAAAAGCGCAAGCAAAGCGGCACGGACGCCCACCGCCAAUGUGAGAUCCGGUAGACGCAAGCGUUCGCCCUGGAGCCAAACGAGGAGCUUGCAGUCAAAUGGAAAGGACAGAAAGAGCAAGAUAAAUGGAGCCACCAAGAUGGACGAAACCCCGGAAGCUGGGAUUGACAAUGAGCAAGAGCAUGGCGUUUCCUCGCUGUUCGACGCGGUCAAGAAUGGCAAGGUGUCGUUGGAGAACUUGCUGAGCGAGUGGCGCGAUCGAUUUGAGGAGGACGACGAAAACGCCACGAGAGAAGUGCUGAACCUGGCUUGUGGAGGGAGGGGUCAGUGCGUCCCUGAAUCAGAGCCGUUGGCACAGCUGAAUAUGGCCGAUUUGGUAAAUCACGUGGAGAAGGGUCUUGAGAAGGCGAACGGAGAGUAUCCUCUGAUGUCUCGUGGAAAAGGCAAGAAAAAGUUCCAGCGCCAUUUCGACGAGUUCUGGGAGUUUUUUGUGAAGGAAUGCUACGAGAGCGAGAUCUUGUUCACAUCGGAGAUUGCGAACAACUUUAUUGACUGGCUAACGACCUUGUCAAGUUCCGAGCUUCGACCAAUUCGACAUACGACGACAGUUGCUGUACUGGCAUUGAGCAAUUCCUUAGUACGUACGGCGGCAAGUAUUUCUGAGCAACUGGCAAUUGCUACGAGGCAACUUAACGCCGAGAUGAAUUCGCCUGCUUCAACACCUGGUGCUGGGAAGAGCCCAAACAUCAGGAAAGUGGCACUCCUGAAAGACAACAGAGCGGUUUGCGAGAACCGGCUACAGCAGGUGUUGAAGCUUGUUAAUUUGAUAUUUACUGGAGUUGUGGUGCAUCGAUAUCGCGACGUUAUGCCGGAGAUUCGCGUGGCAACCAUGCAGUGUCUCGGCCAUUGGAUCACUACUCUUCCUGAUCAGUUCCUCAAGGACAGUUUUCUGAAGUAUCUUGGCUGGCUCCUGAGUGACAGAUCGGCUGCUGUUCGUUUUGAGGUGGUCGAAAUUUUGUGCGAGCUGUAUGAGAACGACGCAUUUACAGAAAAGUUGGAGCUGUUCACAGCUCGAUUUCUGUCGCGCUAUCUGGAGCUGUGCAGCGACGUGGAUGAUGGUGUUGUUGAGGAGGCCAUUCAUCUUUUAAUCGCUGUUGACAAGCACAGUCUUAUCAGCUCUGAUAUUGAGCUUCAGCCCGUAGAAAAAUUGGUGUUUGAUGCGGAGCAUGAAGACAUUCGCAAAGCCGCCGCGGAGUUUGUGUGUAUUCAAUACGACGCAUUUGGUGUAGCUGUCUCGAAGACAAAGAAUGCAACAUUGAAGAAAGAACAGCUCAACACUCAAGCUAUUGCUCUCGUGGAGUUUGCAGAGGAAUAUAUCCAGAAUUAUGGCGUACCAGAGGAUGCGGUGGAGACACUCGUAGAUGCCUUUUGGGGGCUGGAAGAUUGCCUUGUGCUUCAAGAAUGGCGAGUGAUGACAGAUUUGCUCCUAGUGGACAAGACUGCGCCAGACCUCAGUAGUGAACAACAGACAAUCCUUCUGCGUCUGCUUGUUGCUUCCGUGAGAAAGCUUGUCGAUGUUAGCGCCAAUCGAUCAGCAAGUGCUGCUGCUAAAAGAGAAUCAGAGCAACUACAGGAAGAAAUUACCGUGGCAUACUGCAAGGACAUCCCCAGUUUGUUUCUUUUGUAUCAAGCCGACUCGGAUAAGUUGGCGUUGCUUUUGGAAUUGAUUCCCAUGCUGACCCUGAGGAGUGAGGUGAUUGGCCACCAUAGCAGCCAAAUGAAAGAGCUUCUGGAAAAGCUGAAACACGCGUACCUGCUGCACUCCAACGAAGAGUUGCUAACGAGUUUAUCGCUCUCCAUCACCCACUUGCUUAAAACGGAGCAUGCAUCACUAAAACGGGAAGCAGAAGCUCUCAUGCAAGAGCUGGUUCAGGAGAUUAUGGACAAAACAGAUCGCCUUUUGGAGGCUGAUAUCAAGCUGUUCGAUGACUCCGCCAUUGCUUCUGGUGAUACCCCUAAAGCGAGAAGCAAAAAGGCGAAAGGGAGAAAGAAGAAGGGCGCCAAAACCAAGGAAAUUUCAGAUGUCGAGUAUGGUCUGCGGAUCUCUCUUUGUCGAAUUAAAUGCCUGGCGAAAUACCUCAAUAUCCGAGAGUAUCUUGCUUCUGAUCUGUCGCUGCCGAUGGUGAACAGGGAUGAUCAAAUAACAGUACCGGAUUCGCACCAGGGGCGGAUGGACAAACUUGUUGUGGCUGUGGGAGAUUUAUUGCAUCGACGUACGAAAUCUGCCUCCGAGCUUGACGAAGGUUUUCGGAAUGUCGACACCAUUAAGCACAGUCUGGCCACUAUUUACUUCGAUCUACUAUGGACCACGGCUCCGAUUUUCAAAAGCAUCGAAGAAUACGCAAAGCAAAAUAUUCCUUCGAAUGCUGCCAGUGAAUACACCGAGGCUGUUGAUCCGGCCGUCCAGAGUCAGAUUCAGAAGGUGUGUCAAUCUCGGUCCACGCUCGAAGAAGCGCUGAUUUCUGUGUUGGAGAUGCACUUGGCUAGGACAAAAGAAGUUAUGGAUGAAGAGCACAAGGACAGCGAAGAUAUGCAAGACAUACAGUCGGUGGAGUCCAUGGAAGAGAUUGUGUUCGAAGACGAGGACGUCGUAUCGUAUGUGAAAGAGGCGCAACGCUUUGCGUUCCUAACGUUUUGCGAUAUUCGGUGUUUGUUCGUGGAGAAAUUUCAGGAUGCCACCCCACCAUACGAUGCGUUGGAAUGGGCAUUACCGAAUGUACUUCGUCAUCUCACACAAAUGCACUUUGAGAGUGAGAUGGACGAUGCCGAGGACGAGGAGCCGGAAUUUGAAGACGAUGUGGUGAAGAAUGACCCUGAGGUUGCAGAGGAGAAAGCCAAUGCCCUUCGUGAAUGGCAAGAAAAACAGCAGCGGAGAGCUGAGCUGCUGGUCGCGCUGGGUCGAGUGGCGUUGUGUAAUCCGAAUAAGAAGUACCAAGCUGCGGCAGUACUGCAGUGUUUCACAUCGAGUGGCAAGUCAAGUGUUGAGGUGGUAAAGGCAUUUGGCAAACAAGUGAAGACGGAUGCCCCUGUACGCUACUUGGAAAUCCAAAUGGCUGCACUUCGUCAACUGUACAGCUCCAUUCUAAUCGGCAAGCAAGACAUUGAGUUUGCUCAAACAAGCGAAGAGAAAAAUGACGACGACAUUGCAGAGCAAGAAGCGGUGAAAGAGAAGGUGGAAAGCAGCGAGUUGGAGCUGAAGGAGUUGGCAAAAAGGUUCAGCCAGUCCCUCGGAGUAGGUAAAGUCCCCUUAUCUUUGAGAGCGCCAUUUUUGCGCUUUUUGCGUGAAGGUGUCCGCUAUGCUCUUGAGCAACCGGCCCAGUUUGAGUUCUUGGAGGCUAUGCGUGUAUACGUGUCACGUCUAGACAACACGAGCAUGGCACAACUACGCGAAUAUUUCAUGGAUCGACUUGAAACACUACACGAUGUUCCCGGUGAUAGUGAAGAUCUGGACUCGCGAUGGCGAGCAGUGUUCGAUUUCCAGACAGCAAUCACGUCUACUGUCGCAGCAGGCAAGAGGAAUUCGACUGGUGCGAUGCUCUCGCCUCCGCUGAGAAAUAAACGACGAUCUGCUAGCUCUGAGCCUACUCCAAUGCAAGGAACAUCUAUCGCAGAAGAGGACGAAGGUGAGAACGUAGAACGCGUGGAUAAUGCAGGUGAGGAGACGGAAAGCGCUGCUGGUGAUCAAACUGAAGCGAACAAGGCUGGACACGAAGAGCAGAUCGAUCAUAAUAAUCGACACACGUCAUCAGGACACAAACGCUUUGCUGUGGCUGAUGAAGGAUCCGACAUGGCAGAGUCGUUGCUUCCUCGCAAGCGGAUGCGGCGUUCAGGUAAGGCUAACGAGGCGGAAGCGAGUGGUGACGAGGCGAACGACCUCGAUCAUCAACUUCAGAGUGAGUCGAAGAGCGAGGAAGAAGAGCCACCUCAAAGUGAUGACGAAGUGCAGCCCGCGGCUGGAGACGAGGAAGAUGACAAGAGAAUGCAUCGAAAUCGACGUCGUGCAUGAAUCCGCGAGUUAAGUUGCACCUAGUUAUUUGAACGCGAUGAGUAGUGUAUUUCU